AUGAAGUCGCAAUUGUUGAGCCUGGCCGUGGGCCUCUCGACCAUCUCACAAGGCGUUGCUGCCACCGACCCCAUCGGAUGGCCCUUCAAGCCUAUGGUCUCGCAAGAUGACCUGCAAAACCAGAUUAAGCUCAAGGAUAUCAUGGGUGGUCUCCAGAAGCUACAAAGCUUUGGCGAUGCUCAUCCUGAGAAGAACCGAGUGUUCGGCGGCAAGGGACACAAGGACACCAUUGACUGGAUCUACAAUGAGAUCAAGUCCACUGGCUACUACGACGUGAAGAAGCAGGAGCAAGUUCACCUGUGGUCUCACGCCGAGGCAGCCAUCAGUGCCAAUGGCAAGGAUUACGAUACCAGGGCCAUGUCCUACAGCCCUCCCGCACAGAAGCUCACUGCUGAGCUUGUUGUUGCCAAGAACAACGGCUGUAAUUCUACCGAUUACCCUGAGAACACCCAGGGCAAGAUUGUUCUCGUCCAGCGUGGUAUCUGCAGCUUCGGCGAGAAGUCCGCUCAGGCUGGUGAUGCAAAGGCCGCUGGUGCCGUUAUCUUCAACAACGCCCCAGGAUCCCUUGCUGGAACCCUUGGUGGCCUUGACAAGCGCCAUGUCCCAACUGCUGCUAUUUCUCAGGAGGAUGGAAAUGCUCUUGCUGCCCUCGUUGCCGCUGGCAAGGUUAGCGUCACCAUGAACGUCGUUAGCUUGUUUGAGAACCGAACCACCUGGAACGUCAUUGCUGAGACCAAGGGAGGAGACCACAACAACGUUAUCAUGCUUGGUUCCCACUCCGACUCCGUCGAUGCCGGCCCAGGUAUCAACGACAACGGCUCUGGCUCCAUCGGUAUCAUGACCGUUGCCAAAGCCCUGACCAAGUUCAAGGUCCGCAACGCCGUUCGCUUCGGCUGGUGGACCGCUGAAGAAUUCGGUCUUCUCGGCAGCACCUUCUACGUCAACAGCCUCGAUGACCGUGAGCUCCACAAGGUCAAGCUGUACCUCAACUUCGACAUGAUCGGCUCUCCCAACUUCGCCAACAUGAUCUACGACGGUGAUGGUUCCGCCUACAACAUGACCGGCCCUGCUGGCUCUGCUGAGAUCGAGUACCUCUUCGAGAAGUUCUAUGACGACCAGGGUCUCCCACACGCCCCCAGCGCCUUCACCGGCCGAUCCGACUACCAGGCCUUUAUCAAGCGCAACUAUGCUCAGUCCCUCCGUGGAUUCCCAACCCGCCCAAAGACUGCUAAGCGUGAGAUUAACCCCAAGUACGCUAAGAUGUCCGGUGGUGGAUGCGGACAGCACACUGUCUCCAUGUAA